GUGAUGGUCGGGUUGGCGUGUUGCGCUAAUCACGUGGUCGGAGUAACCCGGAAGUGCAAAAAGCGGGUAGUGGAGUUGACUGGAAGAUCUGCACUGUGACACCGUGUGAGGGAAAGGGUGACUUGAGGAGUUUCCACCAUGUUGGUGGGGGAGAGGAGGAAUGGCAACCUUCUGGUACAGCUGGAUCCUAAGCUGCAGGCCCAGCCGGUGGAGUUGUUGCGGCAGCGGUUGAGCCCCGAUGGACUCACCGAGUAUCUGAUCCGUUGGGCGUUGCAGAAUGUGGAGGAAGCGGCGGGGAAUAGCGGAACCGCCUCGCAGACGGAGAGCAAGUCCCCGAAUAUCCUGAUGUGGAUGUCGGCAAAGGAGGUCUACACCAACUGCCCCACCCUGCUGGGCAAACGCAAAUCAGAUGGGCCGGGCAUCGCAGAGGAGAAGACUUCCGGUUCUCCUGAUGAGGGGGCUCUGCAGGAGAUGACCGAAGAUGUUCGGAUGCUGGUUCAGAGAGCUGCCAGGCAGAUGUCCCAGAGCUCCGGCCCAGACUCCUCCAUUCUCAACACCAUUCAUGUGCUCAGUGCCUAUGCCAGCAUUGGCUCUCUGGCCGGAGUCUUCAAGGAGACGGGGGCUCUGGACCUGCUCAUGAAGAUGCUCUGCAAUCCCGAGAAGCAGAUUCGGAAGAAUGCCGGCAAGAUGUUGCGCGCCCUGGCAUCACAUGAUGCAGGGAGUCGGGCCCACGUACUUCUCUCGCUCAGUCAGCAGGAUGGGAUAGAACAACACAUGGAUUUUGAGUCUCGCUACAUGUUGUUGCAGCUCUUUGCUGAGACCACCAGCUCAGAAGAACAUUGUAUCUCCUUUGAAGGGAUACACCUCCCUCAGAUUCCGGGGAAGCAGCUCUUCUCGUUGGUGAAACGUUACUUGUGCGUGACAUCUCUGCUGGACCAGCUGAGCAGCGACCGGCCAGAUCGCAGUGAGACGUUCCGUCUGCAGCGCCACUUUGAUUUCAGCAUGGCCAUGGGCAGCCUGAUCUGCGAGCUGGUGCGGGUGAUGGGCUGGGUGAGUGACGAAUCUUUGGAGGAAGAAGGUUCCCCAGACAGGGAGCGACCUUCUCGGGUCAUUCGUUCCAUCUUCCAGCCUAAAGUGCCGCCCUGCACAAGCUUCCAGGUGAUCUCCAGCUCUCCGAAACGUGCCAUUGCCCCCAAGAGGAAACCGGCGAAGCCGUUCCUGGAGCCGUCUGACUUUGCCACACGAAAUGCUUAUGUUGAUUAUGUCCAGGAGUACUUGAAACCGGGGAUGUCUGUGCGGAUGUUGGAGGACUAUGAUGAGAUCAGUUCUGGAGAUGAGGGUGUGUUCCGCCAGAGUAAUAAUGGAAUGCCGCCCGUUCAGGUUCUCUGGAGGUCCACCGGCCGCACCUACUGGGUCCACUGGCACAUGGUUCAGAUCAUCGGAGAGCAGGCUGAUGACGACAGUGCGGAGAAAGCUUCAACUGUGGCAGAAAAUGUGAAGGUGUCACCAGUGGCUCAGUCUUUGCCGUCUAAGGCAUGUGGCAGUAUGUACGCCCUCCCCUAUCUUGGUCCAAUAUCUUUUGAGGAGAGAGGGAUCCUGAGGCAGGAUGAGUGGUGGGAGGUCCUGUUCUUUAUUCGGAGGCUGGAGGUUCAGGAACAGAAUGAGGUUCACGCAAUGAUCAAGCAGAACCUGGAUGAGCCGUGUGGCACCGAGGAAGCCGCCUUUGUACAGGCCUCGAUCUCCGUGGAUCUUACACAGAAAAUUCUGGCGUUCCUCAGUAAACAUUGCCGCGGAUGCGUCCUGAGCGAUUUGCAGAGUUCACAUGUCUAUAUGAAAUAUGUUCUCCGUCCCAGCGUAGCGGCAGCGAAGCUGACAACCAACUCCAGCUCCUCCGUGCAGGAUAACGCCGUUCCCGGUGUCGCCCUUUCCAAGAAAACAAAGAGCGAAGAACCCAAAAAAUCUGACAAGGCCGCAGCCGGGACUUCAGGUGCAGAACCGUCAGACCUUCAGGUCCUCCGCAGACUUCUCUCUCAGGAAGGAGUUCAGGUCCCCUCUCCAUCUGAGGAUAAGAGCAAAGGUGAGGAAGAGAGGGGGGGAAUCGGAUCUUUCUGGGGCUCGUCACCCAAGGUUUGUUUGGAGCUGUUGGCGGAGAUGCUGGACAAGGUGAAGCGGAAUGUCUGUGGGGCUGGGGCCCUGGGCUUCAUUGUUCAGAUCAUGGAGCAACAGCUUGGUGAAGAAGCACACGGUGUCAAGUCAGAGGGGCGUACGUCAUGCAGGGACAAGAUUGUAAAGCUAUUGGUGGAACUUCUGACGUCGCAGGUGAAGGACAAGCUGCUGGUGGUGACGUGUCUGCAGUUGACGUACCUGGUCAUGUCCAAGUAUGACUGGCGUGUCCUGUUUGCCACAGAGGGAGGGGUGAAAGCUGUGCUGGGGUGUAUGCAGGAACAUCAAUCCUCUGCCGCCGUCCAGCAUAUAGGGCUUGCGGUCCUGAGGGUGCUGACUGGUGUGGAUGGUUGUGAUAUCCAGGGGCCUUCCAAACGUAACACCCUGAAUCCAGGGGAUGCUCAGGUGAUUAAAGAGAUCUUCUCCAGUAUUGGAUCUGCCGCCAGUGGCACCUCCACCAGUCUCCUGAGGGCCAUCCCCAGCGCCAUUGCCAAGAUGAUAAGUGAGGAGGGGUGUUUCUCCUCUGUGUUCAAUGGUUUCCUUGUCAUUCGGAUGCUGAUGGAAAACCACAAGGGUUUGUCUGAGCAGCUGUCUAGUUUGGAGUUGUCCUCCGUCCUCCAGAGCUUCUCCGAGGACUCCAGCAAUUCCAUGUAUGGGAGGCUGGACCUCCUAAUGCAGAAACAGCUGAGUGACCUUCUAAAGAACAAUAAGGAGAAAGUUGAUGCUGACAGCAAAGAGAGUGCUCCAGCACUGGCAGUCCAGGAAUUGGAUCUCCCGUCUUUGCUGAGUAGUCUGAAGGACAUUCGGUUGUGUCGGGAAAUGCUGCCCGCUCUGGAACGAUGUGUCUGUGAUGACGUCUCCUCACUACGUUGUGAUGUUCCUCAACUUCUCACCGACCCCAACUUCUUCCUGCAGCUCCUCUCCUGUCUGGAGCAGCUGAGGGGGGAGAAACGUCAACAGCUCAGUGUGUACAGGAUUCUGAACAAAUCCCUGGAUUUCUAUCAGGAGGAUACACUUCCCUGGCACAAGAGUAUUGAGCCGUGUCUGACCUCGCUGGGGAGCACCAGCAGUAGUCAGGAGGUGCUCCAGGAAGUGGUGACCUUCCUUCACCGUCUGGCUACCACCAACAAGGACUGUGCAGUUGUUAUGUGCAGGCUGGGUGCCAAGGACACGCUGAUCAAAGUGCUUGAGAAGCAAAGCACGGGCCUUAUACAGGCACCAGAGCUGAGAGACCUCCUGAGUGACUGUGAGAAAUACUCCAGCCUCUACCAAAAGAUGGCCACCAGCAUUCUGGCCGGCUGCAUCCAGAUGGUUCUGACGCAGAUAGAAGAGCACAGACGCAGCCAGCAACAGGUCAACAUCCCCUUCUUUGAUGUCUUUCUGCGAAACCUUUGUCAAGGAUCCAGUGUGGAAGUCAAGGAGGACAAAUGUUGGGAGAAGAUGGAAGUCUCCUCCAAUAUUCAUCGUGCCAACAGACUGACAGAUGGAAACUCCAAAUCUUACUGGGAGUCGAGCGGGAGCACCGGAUCCCAUUACAUCAACAUCUACAUGCACCGAGGGGUGGUGAUCCGGCAGCUGGCGAUGGUUGUGGCCAGUGAAGAUUCCAGUUAUAUGCCGGCACGGGUGGUCGUGAUGGGAGGAGAGAACUCGUCCAACAUUAACACAGAGCUUAACGCGGUGAACAUCGCCAGCACGGCCGGACGUGUCCUUCUCCUGGAAAAUGUCACUCGCUACUGGCCCAUCAUUCAGAUCAAGAUCAAGAGGUGUCAGCAGGGUGGUAUUGACACGCGUGUGCGGAGUGUGGAGAUCCUGGGGCCCAAGCCAACUUUCUGGCCGGUGUUUAUGGAGCAACUUUGUAGAAGAACUUUCUUAUUCUACACCAGCAGAGCGCAUAGCUGGGGGCAGGAGAUCCGCGACAAGAAGGAGAACUUACUACAACUCUUCAGCCGACUGAACCGGGCAUUGUCACAUGAGCAGGAGUUUGCAGACCGUUUUCUUCCUGACGACGAGGCAGCUCAGGCUUUGGGCCGGACGUGCUGGGAGUCGCUGAUUUCCCCCCUGGUGCAGAGUAUCACUACCUCAGAUCCCGGAAGAGUUAGUCCUUUUGGGUGGCUCCUCACACGUUACCUGGAGAACAGUCAGGGUUCUCGUCAACCCAAGUCCCGAUUGUCGGUCUUCAAUUCCCGAGUGCGGAGAUUGACUCAUCUCCUGGUCCAUGUGGACACCAGCCCCCCCGAUACCAGUGCACUGAAGCCGCCCAGUAAGACCAGUGAGUUUACCCCAGAUGGGAAGAACCGCAGCUCCACCAGUGUUCAAGCGAGUGCCUCCAGCUGUGGGAUGGGGAGUAUGGCUGGAAUGGCUCAGUGCUGGCAGGGGGUGGUUCAGCAGCAGGUGCAACGCUUUUUGGAGAUGUCGUGGAAUGACGUUGAUCUGGUUCCUCGCUUCUGUUCCAUGUACAUGGCUCUCAGACGGGCCAUGGAGGAGAUAUUUGGUCAGCAGACACGGUUUUUACUCGCUUUACAGCAAGGAUUCUGCCAGGGGCUGUUACAGCUUUCAUUCCUGACCGCAUUACAUGUGACGGAGCAAUUUGCACGGUACAUUGAUCAGCGGAUAAUUGCUAUUCGAUCAGACUCAUCAGAUGUCCAGUCAAUGGAGCAGCUGCAGCAGUUCCUGGAAUGUGUCUUUUUCUUGUCAGAUCUAGAACUAUCAAAUUCCUUUGAGCAUUUUUACAGGCAUUAUCUGGCUGACCGUCUGCUCACACUUGGACCGUGCUGGUUGGAGAAUUCUGUGGUCGAUCACAUUGGCAUUUGUUUCCCAAACCGCUAUCCUCAACAAAUGCUGAAAAACCUGCAGGAGGCAAAAGAUCUUCAGAGAGAAGAACAUCUAUACCGACUGCAGCAGCUGGACAAUGCAAUCAUAUCGGAGGAUGAGGAGGAGGGAAUGGAGAUGGAAGAUAGCUUCGACCCCCGGGAUUACGCCGGGGAAGAUGGAGAGGUCCAGAUCUCUGUUCUCUCCCCCCGUUGUUGGUCUAUAUCUUCUCUGUGUCACAUGAUGGAUCCCUCCAAAAUAUUCCCACAAUCCCUCAGCAAUCCUCUGCUUAAUUUCACUGACUUCUAUACAAAAAGUCAGUAUGUCCCGGGCUGUUCUGAUAUUGUACAGUCACGACGGCUGCAGUGGACGUGGUUGGGAAAUGCGGAGGUGCAAUAUGGCGGUCUGAUCCUGCGGGUCUCCACACUGCAGAUGUUCAUAUUGCUGCAGUUUAAUCAGCAAGAGGAAAUUUUGGAAGAGUCAAUAAUUAAGACCUCGGGCCUGCCAGAGACCUUGGUGAGCCAUGCGCUGGCACCACUAACUGCCAAGGGCAGCAUCCUAGUGCACAAGGAAAAAGGGCUCCUGUGUCUGAAUGAAGAGAAGUUAAUUGAGCAAGGUCCUGGGAUGAUUCUGCAGCUUCUUCCAAGGCAGACAUACUUGAAUGUAGAGGAAGAUGAAGGACGCACACUGGACAAGAAAAGAAACAUUAUCCUCUGUCUCAUCACACAGAUCAUGAAGGAAGAAAAGGAACUUCAUAUCGACAAUCUGGUGUUUCGGGUCAUCGACUCCUGCCAGAAGUUGGAGGUUGGGAAGAGCCUCAAGUUCCUGAGCUUCGGCUGCAGCCACACGGACGUCCUCUCCUGUAUUAUGUACCUCGUCAGUCAGGGCUACGCACGGCGCAGCGAGGAUAGCCCACAUAUACUUGAGUACCUUUCGAAAGACCCGUCCACGCCACACAAAAGCAAAGCGCACAUCAGUUUCCAGACUGCCAGCAAGAAGAUGCAAGAGCAUGGCGGCCAGGCCUCCAGCGCCGGAGGCUCGGUGGAGCAGACAGUCCUGGAAUCUGUUCUCCUGCCCAUGGGUCGCACUCUGGGCCAGGAGGAAGUGUGGGCACUGAUGGCUUAUAUGGUUGAUCAAGUUGCAGAGACACUGAGCGUGACCCAGGACAGCGCCCAACACCUCCUUAUUCACUGCAAGUGGAACAUGGACUUACUGCUGCAGAAAUACACCGAUGACUCAGAGGUUCUGCUCAUUGCCUCGGGUUUGCAGGUCCAUGAGCCCCACCACUCCGAGAGCCCACAGCCCAUAUGCCCCGUGUGUAUGAGUCCACUAAGCCCAGCAGACAACCCUCCGUCUCUGUGCUGCGGGCACAGCUGCUGCAAUAACUGCUGGAAUGAAUAUCUCACCACGAGGAUAGAGCAGAACCUGGUACUGAACUGUACCUGUCCCACCACAGACUGCCUGGCGCAGCCCACCUCGGAGUUUAUACACAAGAUCAUCUCCUCCAAGGAGGUGGUCCAGAAGUAUGAGAAAGCUUUGCUUCGUGGAUUUGUGGAAAGCUGCUCCAACCUGACCUGGUGCACAAACCCCCAAGGCUGUGACCGCAUCCUAUGUAAGGAAGGACUGGGGACCGGGGCAACCUGUGCCAAGUGCUCCUGGGUGUCCUGCUUUAACUGCAGCUUUCCAGAGGCUCAUUACCCAGCCAGCUGCAGUCACAUGUCUCAGUGGAUGGACGAUGGAGGAUUCUAUGAGGGGAUGACGGUGGAAGCUCAGAGCAAGCACUUGACCAAGCUUAUCUCCAAGCAUUGCCCCAGCUGUCAGGCUCCGAUUGAGAAAAAUGAGGGUUGUCUGCACAUGACGUGUGCCAAAUGUAACCAUGGAUUCUGCUGGCGCUGCCUGAAGCCCUGGAAGCCGACCCAUAAAGACUACUACAACUGCACCGCUAUGGUCAGUAAAGCCGCUCGUCAGGAGAAACGGUUUCAGGAUUACAAUGAACGAUGCACCUUCCAGCACCAGGCCAAGGAAUUUGCUAUUUCUCUGAGGAAUCGGCUGAGCGUCCUUAGUGAAGAACCCCCGCUGUGGACUCUGACCUUCCUGAUCUCCGCUUGUAAGGUCUUGGAGAUGGGCCGUAAGGUUCUCGGUUACGCCUGUGUCUAUAGUUAUUACAAUCAGGAUUCCGAGCGCCUUGAUGUACUGGAGUCCCAGACAGAGAAUUUGGAGUUUCACGUCAACGCGCUUCAGAUUCUGCUCGAGUACAGCCUUCUCCAGAGCGAGGAUCUGGCCUGUUCUGUGCGCCUGCUGAGCUCUGACCGAUAUAACAGUGCCCUGGAGCUGGUGAGAAGAGUGCAGGAGAGACUGAACGGCAUCUUACAGCACUCCACUCAGGACUUCCGAGUAGGAUUCCUCUCCCAGCCAGACGAUAACGCAACAAAGGCCUCCAAUGUGCCCGAAAUAUCUGCCUUUCCAGGAGCCUCAGACACUAGGGAUGCCUCUGAUUCUGGAGAUACGGCAGGGGAACAGGAAGAUGAGGAGGAGGAUGACGAUGAGUAUGUCCCGGAAUGGCACGUGGACUACGAUGACGAUUUAGACGAGGAUGAUUUCUCGUACGAUGAAGACGACGAAUCUGAGAACCUGGAACCAGACUCCUUUAUAUUUGAGGAUUACGAUGGAGAGGCGUACGAGUGAAUCCGCACACCCGCUCCUCCCCAAAUUUUGUUCAGAGUUGUCAUUAAUGUCCACCAGGGUGCUUCUUCACUCUGCCCACUUCCCCCCUCCCCGUGCCUCAGUUAUCAUUUCCUUGGGAACGCCAGUAAUUCCAGAUAAUUCACUGAUAGACUACAGGCCCAGCUUUCCUGACUGGACUGCAAU